AUGGCUUUCACUCUAACGCUAGUUGUGUUUCUUGUGUGUGCAGAAAGAGCACGAACGUCCUCAAUGGCAUUAUGUCGGACUGUGGCCAUUGCAAUGCAUUACUUCGCGUUAGCCAUGUUUUUUUGGACGUCGAUUCAAGCUUAUAAUAUGUAUUUAUCUUUUGUCAAAGUGAUGCCAAGAUACUAUUCUAAUUUCAUGUUUAAAAGUUCUGUUGUUGGAUGGGGUUUGUAUUUUAGCAUAUUUAUAUUGGUAGUUUCUUAUGGAAGAAGGGAAGAGGGCAUUUAUCUGUACCUCGCCCCGUUGAUUGUAACGGUUUGCGCUCCUGUGGCAGUCGAAAAAUAUGGUGAUGAGCAAUUCUGUCGUGUACAAGGUUCGCCAUUUUAUUAUGGUUUUCUAACUCCAGUUGUUUUAAUUAUUGCUCUUAAUUCUGUCGCUUUUGUGCUCAUUAUUAAUUCGCUGAUGAAUGCUGGAUCUAAGAUUGCCGCUAACAAGAGUGCUACUGGUUUGCAGCACGUACGACGAAGCACCGCCAUUUUGAUUGUACUUGGACUAACCUGGAUAUUUGGCGUGUUUGCCUUAAGCGACGCAAACUUGAUUUUUCAAUAUUUGUUUGCCAUACUCAAUUCAUUUCAAGGAUUUUUAGUAUUCGUAUUUUACUGCCUGCUAUCUUCGGAUACACGUGCCAAGUACGCAAAACUUUGUCAAAAUCAGCGUGGAUCGGAAAAUAGCCGAAAGAGGUACACUCCUCAUACGACAUCCAAAGGCUGAUUCCAAAUGAUCAACAUGAAUAAAAUAAAGAAGGAAAACAUACAUAACGUUAAUUUAAAUAACUCACCAAAAACAAGAGAAACUUAGAAUGACAUUUAAAGCAUAAUAAAUCCAAACAUAAAGUUUCCUGUAACUAACUAAACAAUAGGAAAUCCUUCUGAUAAUUUAACUAAAAUUGUUCGAUAACUAUUUCAAACUCUCAAAUACAAUGAUUGAAAGAUUGUUAA